AUGGACAGAGAAAGAUACCACAACACACUGAUGAGGUGCUCAUUGGUCAAGGACCUUGAAAUGUUGCCAUAUGGAGAUUGUACUCAAAUUGGGGAGAGAGGAGUAAAUCUUAGUGGUGGUCAGAAGCAGCGCGUCCAGCUUGCUCGUGCACUAUACCAAAAUGCGGACAUCUAUCUUCUUGAUGAUCCUUUCAGUGCCGUUGAUGCCCAUACAGCCACAAGUCUCUUCAAUGAAUAUGUCAUGAGUGCUCUAUCAGACAAGACUGUUCUCUUGGUGACCCACCAAGUGGAUUUUUUACCUGCAUUUGACUCCAUUUUGUUAAUGUCGGAUGGAGAGGUUAUCCAGUCUGCACCUUAUCAAGAUUUAUUGGCAGAUUGUGAAGAAUUUAAAAACCUUGUCACUGCCCAUAAAGAUACUAUUGGUGCAUCGGAUCUUAAUAACAAUAUGCCCCCUCAAAGAUCUAAGGAAGUAUCAAUAAAGGAGACAGAUGGUAUUCAUGGAAGCAGAUAUACAGAGUCUAUGAAGCCAUCGCCGGCAGAUCAACUGAUCAAGAAAGAGGAAAGAGAAAAAGGGGAUUCAGGUGUUAAGCCUUAUAUGCUUUAUCUGCGCGAGAACAAAGGCUUCCUGUAUUUCUCCUUUUGUGUUAUUUUUCACAUAAUUUUCGUAGCUGGGCAAAUAUCACAGAAUUCAUGGAUGGCUGCUAAUGUCCAGAAUCCUCAUGUUAGUACGCUGAAGUUAAUUUCUGUGUACAUUAUAAUUGGAGUUUGCACAAUGUUCUUCAUGCUAUCAAGAUCUUUAGUAGUCGUCGUUCUUGGGAUCCAGACAUCAAGAUCCUUAUUUUCCCAGUUGCUCAAAUCAAUGUUCCGUGCACCAAUGUCCUUUUUUGAUUCUACUCCUGUAGGAAGGGUUCUUAGCCGGGCCUCUUCAGAUUUGAGUAUCAUUGACCUCGAUCUUCCAUUUGCCUUCGUGUUUAGCCUUGGCGAUACUUUAAAUACAUAUAGCAAUCUAGGGGUAUUGGUUGUUGCUACAUGGGAAGUUUUAUUUGUAUCUGUGCCAAUGAUAGUUUUGGCAAUUAGGUUGCAGAGGUACUAUCUAGCCUCGGCCAAGGAGCUGAUGCGGAUCAAUGGUACUACCAAGUCUGCUCUGGUGAAUCACUUAGGCGAAUCGAUUUCAGGGGCUAUAACAGUAAGGGCCUUUGGGGAAGAAGAUCGUUUCUUUGCUAAAAAUUUGGAUCUUGUCGACAAGAAUGCCAGUGCAUAUUUCUGUAAUUUUGCCGCAACUGAAUGGUUGAUUCAACGCCUGGAAAUAAUGAGCGCCUCCGUGCUUUCUUUUUCUGCCUUUGUCAUGGCUCUUCUUCCUCAAGGAACUUUUAGCCCUGGUUUUGUGGGAAUGGUAUUGUCCUAUGGUCUUUCGCUAAAUGUGUCCUUUGUUUGCUCUAUUCAAAACCAAUGCAACCUUGCGAAUCAAAUAAUCUCAGUGGAACGGGUGAACCAGUACAUGGACAUACAAAGUGAAGCAACGGAAGUUAUUGAAGAAAAUCGGCCAUUGCAAGAUUGGCCCCAAGAUGGCUAUGUGGAACUUAGAGAUUUGAAGAUCAGGUAUAGGAAAGAUACUCCCCUUGUACUACAUGGAAUCACUUGCAAGUUCCAAGGUGGAGAUAAGAUUGGUAUAGUUGGUCGGACAGGAAGUGGCAAGACAACGUUAAUUGGUGCAUUAUUUCGUCUUGUUGAACCUGAUGAAGGGAAAAUAAUUAUAGACUCUAUGGACAUCGGUACGAUAGGGUUACAUGACCUGCGUUCGCGUUUGGGUAUCAUUCCACAAGAUCCAAUACUUUUUCAUGGUACAAUAAGAUAUAAUCUAGAUCCUCUUGGACAAUUCUCAGAUCUAGAAAUAUGGGAGGUUCUUGGCAAAUGUCAACUUCUUGAAGCUGUCCAAGAGAAGGGACAUGGAUUGGAUUCACUUGUUGUGGAAGAUGGGUCGAACUGGAGCAUGGGCCAAAGACAGCUCUUCUGUCUGGGACGCGCACUUUUGAGAAGAUGCCGCGUCUUAGUUCUUGAUGAAGCGACAGCCUCUAUAGACAACGCAACAGAUGUUGUCCUUCAGAAAACGAUCCGAACAGAGUUCAAAUAUUGCACCGUUAUUACAGUUGCACACCGUAUACCAACAGUUAUGGACUGUGAUAUGAUACUUGCAUUGAGAGAUGGGAGAGUAGCAGAGUAUGACAAGCCUGCAAAGCUCAUGGAGACUGAAGGAUCUCUCUUUCGUGAGCUGGUCAAGGAAUAUCGGUCACACACAUCAAACACAAAUAUUAGAAGAGACUGUCAAUUUUGA